AUGUUCAGAGACCGCACUAACUUAUUUCUGUCGUAUCGCCGGACUUUUCCACACGUUCGCAGCGUUGGUGCGCUCAACCAGGAUCCAUUUUCAGAUCUAGAAUCCGCUGGAAACGAAGAAUCGUACCCUAUGGUAUCGAUGGAUACAAACAAAGCUGGAAUGCUUCCUCCUCAAUUCAUGGAUUUCUCGCAAAAAAUCGACGAAAACUUGGAAUCAGCGGAAUCGAAAAUGUUACAAUUGACACGAUUGUACCGGAAGAACGCUCUUCCAGGGUUCGAAGACAAAAGCUCGGACGAAAAAGAGAUUGAAGAAUUGAGUUACCAAACCAUCAAGGGAUUUCAAGUGUGUUUCAAUAUAAUUAAGCAAGUCGAAACCGUGCUCGUCACGCAACGCUUUCGAGGCCAAGUUUUAAGCCGCAGCGACAUCGUGGUACUCGAGAACUUGAAGAAAAACUGUGCCAAUCGGAUCCAAGCCAGUUCUAACAAGUUUCGGGUGCUUCAAAAUAACUAUUUGAAAUUUCUCAAUAAAGAUGAUUUCAAGCCUCUUCCAAGCUCUUCUGAGGACAAGAACGCGUUGGUGUUACUGGAGGAGCAACAGGAAAGCAACGCAACGACCCAGCAAGAAAUUGAUUCUUAUUCCCGACAAACUUUGCAGCGUCAAAACCAGCAACAAGUAAAUGUGGGCAACACAGCGUAUUUGCAACGACGUGACGAAGAAAUAACCCAAUUGGCUCGCGGUGUGCUCGAAGUAAGUACCAUUUUCCGAGAGAUGCAAAAUCUGGUUAUAGAUCAAGGAACUAUUGUCGAUCGCAUAGACUAUAAUUUGGAAAACACAGUUAUAGAGCUAAAAGGUGCUCAACGCGAGUUAGAACGUGCGAGUGGCUAUCAGAAACGUACCCAGAAGUGUAAAGUUAUACUUCUUCUGUCACUCAGUGUGAUGGUGUUAUUUUUUUUCGUCAUGCUCAAGCCUCAUCGAGGGAGCUCAGGCUCUUCUCCUAAAAUUGAUAAUCCUCCACCGACACCAGAUGUGUCACCAGUGGAACCUGAAAAUCCAGAGACUAAUGACCCGGAUAAUGAGGAUUGA